AAUCAACAGUAGAAGAAGAAGAAGACCGGAACUGCACGCUGAGAGCCGUCAGCCUGUUGUGGUCGGUUGUGGAUUAUCUAACGUCGUUAGCACCGACUAGCACGGUUAUUAAAUAUGCCGAUUAGCAGCUAGCAUGUUUAUGUUAUCUGAGGUUUAUAACCGCUGUCCGUUGUACCACUUUAUAAAGUCUGAGCGGAAAUGCUAAGCGUGGAGUCGUUGCAGGUGGCUGAGGAGGAGGUGGUGGAGUCCAGCUCCAACAAACUCGGUGACAUUUACACUUUCGUGGCUAAAGGCUGCUUCCCGCAGACCGUGCACCCUUUACGAAAGAAGAAUCUCAGACGAUACGCCCAGAAGUUCAUCUUUGACGAGGGCAAGUUGUACUACGUGGGACCCAGGAAAAAAGAGAGGAGGGAGGUGGUCAUCGAGGCCGAGAGGAAGAGGCAGAUCUUCCUCGACUGCCACUUUAACGACAUCGGUCAUCACCUGGGCCAGAAGAAGACUGUCCACAGGAUCCAGAGCAAGUACUACUGGCUGGGGAUCAUCAAGGACGUGGUGGAUUGGAUAAAGGUAUGUGACACCUGUCAGCACACUGAGAGGAGUAAAAACCAGGCGAGGAUCAUCCGGCCCAUAAAAGUGGACACACCUUGGGAGAUUGUUGGGAUUGAUAUUUUAGGACCUUUCCCAGAGACCCAGCAAGGCAACACCAAUGUUACAGUCCUUAUUGAUUACUUUAGUAAAUGGCCGGAAGCUUUUCCAGUGCAAAAGACAGACGCUCUCUCUGUUGCACGAUGUAUUUCCAAAUGCAUAUACAGGUUUGGUGCCCCCAAAACAAUAGUGUGCACGCAGAAUGCUGACUUCUGUGAUGAGGUGACGAAGCUGCUGUCCGACAGGUGGAGCAUCGUGCAGAAGGUGUCUCCUCUGGAUCAUCCUCAGCUCAACCCGCUGCACGACUGCACUUGUCCUUUACUGAAGGACGCCGUGGUGCAGAUGGUGACGGAGAAGCAGGCCGACUGGGACGACUUCCUGGACCCGGUGCUGUUUCUGUUCAGGACGUCCACCAACCCUACAACCAAGUUCACACCUUAUUCCCUCAUGUUCAACAGGGUGGCUAAUUUACCAAAUGAGACGUCAUUGAGCGUCCUGAAUUAUGUAGACCAGGAGCAGGAUAUGUAUUCCACAAAGGAGAAGGCCUCGACGUUUAUAAAAAGAAUGCAGGAGCAGCAGAACUCUGUGAAACAGCUGGUGAUAGCCAAUAUGAAUGCAGCCUACAAACAAGAGAAGAAGAAGAAUGCCAAGCGGAAGACGCACAAUGUGCCCUCUUUGACCUUUAAAGUCGCAGAUCCUCUGUUCGAUGCAGGAGACUCACCCUCCCCGAAAAGACUGAAAGAGAGUUUAUAUUUGUCCUUUCCUGUGGAGACGGUGCUGGCCACCGAGCAGAGCGGCUCAGAGGACAUAAAGACAGAGUUAGCGUAUCACUUAUCUGAGUCUGACGUCCACUGAGGAGGACGGUGUGAGGACAUUACAUGUUGCCAGGAGCUGCUGCAGGUCUUGGGCGGAUCGGACGAGAAUCCAGAUGUUGCAGAAAUGAGCUGAAGAAUCUCACCUGUGAAAACAGAAUCUGGCACAAGACAUGACAGGAACACUGACCCGCAUGUACUGUCGGGCUUUCCUGACAAAAAAAAAAGCAGUUUCCCGUGAAAAUGUUGUUAAGUUAUUUGUUUUCACUUUUGUCAUACAAAAGAUAUUUCAGCUACGGUUCUUUAAAAUAAAUCUAUUGCUUCAUUUUAAA